GAAUGGAUACGCAACCACUCUUUGCACGAUAAAGCAAACAAAAUUCAAAACGAAGUUUUCAAACUGAACAUUGGCGUAUUGAUAUGUUGCUGAACGAAGUUCUUUGGCCCAGCUUGGGGAGUACAUAAGAAGCGAAUUUCAAAAUUUGUCAGUUGAAAGUUCAUUUUUGCUGUCCUUGGUCGCGGUCUUUCUCCUUGGUUCUGGGCUUUCUUCAAUAUCGUUUAAAAGUAUCUGAACACCAACCACAGCAUAAUGUCUGACGAGGAGCUUGACUCGGGGUCUGGUUCAGAGUCUGUUGAGGAGAGCAGUGGGCCCGAGGCGGCGGUGGCCACUGCUGGAGCCGCAGGAAAAGCCGCCAGGCCGCCCGCCAACCACCCCACCACUCUCGACAUGGUCGUAGAGGCUAUCGAGGCACUCGGCGACUCCAAGGGCGCGUCCGUGCAGGCCAUCAAGCAGUGGAUCCCCGCCCGCUACCCCACGGUGGACCCGGCCCGGCUCGGCUCUCUGGUCAAGAAGGCUCUAGCAAAGGGGCUGGAAACCGGCAGGCUUGUUCGUCCCAAGAAAUCAGAGGGACUUACCGGAGCUACAGGACGAUUCAAAGUGGGGAAACCACCCAAACCAGAGAAGAAACCAGCAAAAAAGAAGCCUGCAGCGAAGAAAGCCAAACCGAAGAAGGCGGUCGACUUCGAAAAUGGCGACGCGUCCUCGGAGUCAUCUCCAGAAGAAAACGGCGUGUACGAUUACCCGGAUGAAGAAAGUGAGGAAGGGGACUCGGACCCGCCGCCACCGCCCAAGAAAAAGGCCGUUGCUAAGGCAAAGAAACCUGCUACGAAAGCGAAGAAGUCUCCCAAGGAAAAGGCGCCGGCCAAGAAGACCAAGGCGGCAGCGGAGACCGAGGAAAAGGCGCCGGCCAAGAAGACCAAGACCGCAAAACCCCCCAAAGAACCGAAGGAAAACGGCACGUCCAAACCAAAAUCUAAGACGAAGGCAGCGGCGAAAAAAGAAGCAACGAAAGACGCAAAAAAGUCUCCCAAGAAAACGGCGGCCAAGCCCAGAGGAAGACCCAAGAAGGUAGCGGCAGAUUCAGACUAGCCGAUAGCCAUGACGUCAUACGAUAGACUUUAUGAAAUGACGUCACAUCUUCCACAUGCAUCGAUUCUUUGUAACUUUUAUAUAUAUCAAACGCGUGGCCGUUUUAACGAGUUUGUGAAUUUGAACUUCUCAACUGAACUUUUCCCUUUCUGGUCUUUACUUUCUUGUUAUAUAGUAUGUAAAGAGUGGUGAAUUUCGUGUAUAUUCAUGUAAGUGAAUUUGAAGCAUCUCGAGUGUCUACUUAUGUAUUAUUGUCAUAUUAAAUAAAUGAAGUUUUAAGUUAC